UUUCCAUCAUGUCGAAAUUCGGAUUAACAUCAUUGAGCAACAAUUGCUGUUCUAAACUACUCCUUGAUACCCAUUACCAUCCAAGGAGGUCUUUAUUCACACUAGAGCUUUAAUCCUGGUCCCUAUAAACAAAGCUGAUUAAAAUGGGAAUCUGGAUUACACUGGUAACCCCUCUCAUCCAACUCAUCCUUAAGCUAUUAACCCAGUUCGAAAAUCUGCCUCGACUACCAAACCCGAUUCAAGGUACGGAAGUGUGAACUACUACUCUCCAAGUUGGUGUCAAUUACCAUUUCAGUGUCAGAAAUGGUGCACCGUUGCUCCGAAUUCUAUCAGAAAUUUGGAGCAAAUUUUAGAAUUUUUCUAAAAGCUUCACAGAUUUAUCAAAGAAUUUCAGGAGAUUUAGCAUGGUGCAUUGGAACUUCCAGGGGCUUAGAAGUGUGAAGCAAAGGUUUUCUUGAGAACACUCCUUUUUCAAUGCGGAGUAAAAUUAUCUAUUAUAAACAUGACUUUACUUUGAGCUGGAUCGUAUUAUUGAGUUAGCUUGAGCUAAAGAAUAAAUCUGAGCUAGAUUUCAGACAAACUGUGAGAUCACUUGAAAACUUGGACCAUCAAAUCUGAGUCUUUGAAGCUCAGAAUUUAAGCUACCUAAGCCAGACAGUCUAAAUUGCUCUUAUUAGAGCUUUUGCUUGAAGCUAGAACCAAAGUCACAGUAUUCUUCUCCAAAUCGAGAGCCUAUAUCUCCCAAUGAUUCUUGUCAAAAUGAACGAAUCUCUUGCAAAAUACUAAAUUUGUUCUAAAUCAUCGAUUUUC